GCCCGCUGAUUGGGCCGGAGCUUUCCCCGCGGCAGAGAGACCCGCGCUUCGCCAUCUUAGCCCUGGAGAAAAGAAGCGGGCGGGCGAGCAAGCGCGGGAAGCCUGUUUUCGUGAGGUGGCGCGAAAGAGGCGACCGGGAGCUGGCGUCGCGGUCCUUCGGCGUCAAAUCAUGAGCGGCGCUGACUCCACGACAGGGCCCUGCCCGAGUUCGAGCCUCCGGCCCCUACUGGAAACCCUGGAGGACCCCGCCGCCGCGCCGGGAGUGCUGACCGACGCGCUGCUGACCCUUACCAAUCGCCUGACUGGUGAAGAAGGAAAAGAAUUUGCAGCUGAGGUUGGGAAACACUUUCCUCAGCUCUACAAGAUAUUUAAGACAUACAUUCCUACUGAAAACUCUGAAUUGAGCAGCGCGUCCUUACAAGCCUUAGGAUUCUGUGUGUUUAACUCAAAGAUUGCAUCUUUACUAUGUGAAUCAGAAAUACAGGAGCUGCUUUCAAUAGUGAACAGUGUUGCUAUAAAGGCUGUGGACAAAAACACUCGCACUAGAGCACUUUGGGUGAUCUCUAAGCAGGCCUUUCCUUCUAAUACUGUUGGGAAGCUGGUACCCGGAAUUAUUGCUAUGUUAGAAACAGUACUUAAUAAAGGAGAUUUGCAUUCCAUGGUGAUUGAAUAUGAAGCACUAAAUGUUAUAAUACGGCUCAUAGAACAGGCUCCAUCCCACAUGGAGGAACAAGCUGUGAGGUGGGCCAAGCUGAUAAUUCCUUUGGUUGUCCACUCUGCUCAUAAAGUGCAGUUAAGAGGUGCUACUGCAUUGGAGAUGGGAAUGCCACUUUUACUUCAGAAGCAGCAGGAAGUGGCAGCAGUCACUGAAGAACUCAUGACUAUGAAAAUAAUCCCAGAACUACAAAAGCUAUUUUCAUCGAAAAAUGAGACGUAUGUUUUGAAACUGUGGCCUCUGUUUGUAAAGCUGCUUGGCAAAGUGCUACAUCGCAGUGGAAGUUUCAUAAAUUCAUUGCUGCAGUUAGAAGAACUUGGAUUUCGUAGUGGGUCACCAGUGGUAAAGAAAAUAGCUUUCAUUGCAUGGAAGAGUCUGAUUGAUAACUUCGCUCUAAAUCCAGAGAUCUUGUGCAGUGCAAAGAGGCUGAAAUUGCUAAUGCAGCCAUUGAGUUCCAUUCAUGUGAGAACAGAAGCGCUGGCGCUGACAAAGCUAGAGGUCUGGUGGUAUUUACUGAUGAGGUUGGGACCUCACCUCCCAGCCCACUUUGAACAGGUUUGUGUACCAUUAAUUCAGAGCACGUUAAGCUUGGAUGCCUUUCUAUUACAAGGAAAUUCAUCCCGGUUAUCUGCUAACCAAAGUUUAGUAACAUCAGGUUCUGCACACAAAUCAGGUGCUUUCCCUUUUGGAACCUCUGCAAGUCAAAGAAUGAGCUUGAAUUCUAGUAUAGGAGUUGCAGCCAUUCCAUCCAUUCAACUUCUAGGAAUUGAAAUGCUUCUUCACUUUUUCAUGGGGCCAGAAGUUUUGACAUUUGCCAAGGAAAACAAUGUUGUACUUACUUUAGAACCUCUUCAGUACUCAGUAGUCACCAGUCCUUCCUUCUUCUGUAAGCAUACCAGUACAUUCAUAAAUGCAGUUCAGGAUGGCUUCAUUGCAAUUGGAAAAGAUGCUUCUGAUAUUAUUCUAAAUGCUAUAUGGAAGGAAAUGAUUGGUUUUGUGAGAACUGCAAUUGAAUCAGGCAGCAAGAGAGAACGGCAGAGUUCAGAUAUACUCACUAUGUUACUGCAGGCCUUAAAAAACAUUAUCAUGUCAAAUGAACUGACUGUGUUAAAGUCAAUGUCCCUGAUAGAAAUCACAAUUAAAGAGUUGCCUCCAAAGGUAUUAGGAUCACCAGCUUAUCAGGUUGCUAACAUGGAUCUUCUGAAUGGGACUCCAGCAUUGUUUCUAAUUCAGCUCUCCUUCCGUGAAGAUAUGUUGAAAUGCUGUGUUCAAGAUGAAAGGUUUUUCUUGAACUACGAGUCUCUUGUAGGAUUUGUUUUGUCUGGCCCUACAUCACCUUUGACUUUUAGUGAGUCUGUAUUCACAGUUGUUAACCAAAGCGCACAGUACCUGGAAAACAAGGAACAUCUUUGGAGAAUAUGGAGUAUUAUAGUUAACCCCUUAACUGAAUGGAUUAACCAGACAAAUGAAGUAAAUCAGGGUGAUGCUUUGGAACAUAACUUCAGUGCAAUUUACAGUGCGUUGCUGCUUCCUGUGAAUCACAUAUUCCCAUCAUCUGAAUUUCCACAGCCCACAAUGAAAACAUUGCUGCGCUCCUGGUCAGAGCUCUAUAGAGCAUUUGCCCGUUGUGCUUUGCUGGUGGCAACAGCAGAAGAUAAUCUGUGCUGUGAAGAACUCUGCGCCAAAAUAACAUCUGGGUUAGAAGGUGAAGCACAUAUUAAUCAGUCCAUGUUGGAUGGUCUCUCUCACAUCACUACAGUUAUGGUUGACUGCAUCAAUUUUGCACCUUAUGGCACUAAAUAUCAGCCAGCAAAUAGAUCCCCACAGAUACCUACAGACUGGUCCAAAAAGAAGAAAGAUCCCCUUGGCAAACUGUCAUCCUUAAUUAAACUUUUGGUGAUAUUGAUAAACUCUCUUCCGAUGCUCACAUCCAAGGAAUCCAGCCCUGAAAAAUUUGCUUUUGUCAGUGCUUCUGUUAUUGGUGUUCUUCAAAAUAUCAUUGGCCACACAUCUUUGCCUUCAGUCAUCAGACCUCUGUUCAGAGUGAUUGCAAAACCUCUAUCAACAUUGUAUGAAAAUACAAAGUCCAUUAAUGCAUCUAGAGUGACCAGUGGGCUCAACACCAAGUUUGAAAAGUUAUUGGCAGAAAGUAUUAGUUGUUUACAGUCCUCCUAUACUGGGUCCUUUGAUAGUGAGCUACUACAAGAGCUUUCUCCAUUGCUGUGCAUAAUGCUUUUGAACAAGAAUAAACAGAUACGUAGUCAAGCUGCUCAGUUCUGGAAUGCAACAUUUGGUAAUGCUGUUGUGCUGUCAUACCCAGAAGAAUUAAAACCUGUUGUAUGCCAAGUCAAGCAAAAAAUUAUGCUCUCGUUGCCCGGUUUUGAAAGCAUUGAGAUAGUGGGAGAGUCUAAUGAGACAUAUUCUGAUUCACAGACAGAGAAUUCCCAAUGGGAUGCAAAGAUAAGUGGAAUAGAAGUAACGUCUACUGGGAAAAGAGACUCCUUGCUAGCACAGACCAAUGAACUGAAACAAAAAAGUAUUAAUUCCCCCAUAACACCUACAAAGGUGAAACUAGAACGCUCACUGACAAAAACAAAUAGAAAAAGCGUGCUUCUGGAAGAGGAAAAUACUGUUGACUUCGUGUUUAUUCCUCCAGAAACAAAAGAGAGGGUAUUGACAGAACACCAAAAAGAAGUGCUAAGAACUAAAAGGGUCGAUAUUCCUACUAUGUACAAUAAUUUGGAUGCAUCCCAAGACACUACCUUGUUUUCCCAAUAUACACAGACACAGGAAGAUUAUUCGGAUAAACCAGCCUCCGUAGAUGUGAGGGAAGAAUCUGGGAAGGACGACAACAAAACGGUGUCCCAGAGUGAAAAAGUGGCAAGUGACCUGCUUGGCAUUCCCCAUGAAAUCACUGAAAGAUGCAAGACAAAUGUACUUCCAGAGAACACUAAUUCUACCAGUACUGAACAGCUUACUGCCCUUGGGAAACAGAGCUUAGAUCCAAAUUGUGAGGAAUCAAAAACGUGUGCUCCUAAAACAGUUCCGGGGAAGACAUCGGUAUUGGAUAAUUCUCUAAAUGAAAGCACCUCUAAUGUCAGCAGCUGCAGCUCUGCCUCUAGUGAUGUCAUUUCAGGAACCCCGCAGCCUGUAAGCAGAAGACAAUCCUUCAUAACAUUGGAAAAAUUUAAUAGUUCAGAGAACAGACCCUUCAGUCCUACAACUUUCAAUGUGUCUGGAACAUCUGGAAGCAUUCCUUUAUUAGCUAAACAAGAAAGCAUGAAUGAUUUAGAUGAUUCUUUCAAAGCAAAGCCAGAUGUGGAGAAUAAUAACACCUUCAAACUCAAAAUGGAAGAAACCAUCACUAGGCCGAAAAGAUCAUGCUUAGAAAUGCUAGAUGCACUAGAAACUUAUGUCAAAGUCAAAAGAACAAAAGAAAAUAAGGCUACUUCAAAAUUGCAAUCUGAGAGCUCCCUUGGUAUAAGGAGGUCAAGUCUUAGGCAAAAUAAAACUGAUCUUUCAGAAGAAAAAAAGUCAAAGAUAACAGAGUUACAUCAGGAUAAAAAUAGGCUGGUAUCUCCUGCUGACCAUGCAGAAGACAGGCAAGAGUUGAUUGGUGAAACACAAGAAGCAGAAUAUUUGCUGGACCUCCCACCUCAGGUUUCUGAGUUGAAUGUGAUUGGAAGUACAAUAAUAGAAAACAAACAAGUUUUGGACAGUGCUGCAGACACUAAAGCUGGGGCAAAUGUAGACUCUAAGGAGAAUACCCCUCCAGAUGUGGUUGUGUCAGUAGCUACAGUAUCUAAUGUUAGCCAAAGUCCACAACUUUCACCUAACCAAAAAGCAUUGAGGCGUUCUUUGAGACGAAAACCAGAAACUGCAGAAGGCACUUCAGAUAGUCAGGACAAAGAGAACAGUCAACAGAAAAAAGAUGGGCAUAAAGAUGGUGAAAAGGUUCCACUGAAGAAGACUCCACAAAGUAAAGAGGCUGCUGCACAAAAGCAAAAAUCUGUUCCUGAAAAAGUGAUAGCUGCUCAAGGAACUGUAAAGAAAGAAAGCAGUGUGCAUGGAAGUAGGACUGCAGAAGGUGCGAUCUCAAAGGAAAUCCAUGCAUCAAGAACUAGCCAAGAGGAGACUAGCAUAAUUACUGAAAAAUCUGAAGGCAGUAAUGACAUCAAUAACUUGCAAGAUUCUGGGCCAGACACACCUGGUGAGAAACCAAAGGGGGUUCCACGUUAUCAUACAAGAAGAGCCUCACAAGGAUUACUUACCAGCAUAGAAACCUCUGAGUCCGAUAGUUCUGAAACACGAGAAGAAGAUACCAAGAGAAAAAGGUCAGGAAGAUGGAAAAAUAAAGGUAGUUCACUUGGAAGCCAAGUGAAGGAAGAGCUAGAAAGUCAAGAGCUUCAUUCACAGGUGGCAACAGAAAUCCAGACCACUUCAGCAGACAAUAAAGAUGUAAUGCGUUCUGAGGAACACAUGGAAAUAGCAUUAGUGUCUAUUGUUAAUGAAAGAGACAAAGAAACUUUCCCACUUAGUGAAUGUCCAGGACUUAAGCAAGAUACAGACACCUCCCUUUGCAGAGAUUCUUCAGAUACAGAGGGAAAUGCUGCCAAAGUGCUGACACACACCAUUUCUGAGUCAGCUCUAGAAAGCAGACAGGAAACUAGAGUUCUUGAUAAAGAUUCUGAUCCCUGCUGCAACACAAGCUAUCUUAAUGAGAUUUUGGAAAAUGAUGCUUCUGUUACUGCAGUUGGUGCUUCUCCUUCAUCUGAGAAGCCGUCAGAGAUACCUAAAUGCCAGCACAAAAGAAGCAAGCGGACAAGAAAAUCAAAGAGCUGUGACUGCUGUGGUGAGAAGCCAUCUGCACAGUUAGAAAAGUCUACCACCGAGCUAAAAAAAGGAAGUAGCCCAGAACUAAAGUUAAAAGAGCCUAAAAAGAUUAGUAAAGUAACAAUGGCAUCAUGCAUUCCUGCUAUUGCGGCUUCUCAUUCUGCUGAUACGCCCAGUAUAGAACCUUAUGCAAUGAACACCCCACUGCCUUUCACUAGGGAUUUCCCUGAUUCACAUAGAGGUAUGGCAUCUGAAGGGGAUUUGCCAGGAGAUGACGCUCCAGAAGACGAACUCAAGAAAUCAUCUUGUGUUGAAGGUGAAAGUGACGUGCCUGUUACAGAAACUCUGGAUUGUGUUGACUUGGCUGAAGCAACUUCAGAACCAAGUUCAAUAGAUGCCGAUUCAGAAAAAUCCAUUGUUCAGUGUCUGCCUUUGGAAGUAGACACAGAGCCAGGUGCAAUAAAAAAGGGAGAUAAUAAUCAAAGUGGUCAACCAGAAGGUAGCACUGAUGUAGAGAUGAAUGUGGACAAACCUGAGGAAACAAAGGCUCAUGAAUCAAUAGACAGCAUUGUUCAGAAUGCUACUGACAAGAUAGUAUCCAUAACAGAGGUACCAGAACCUCAGGAACAAGAUGCAGAAAGUGAUAUAGUGGGCACAUCAGUAGAAUCAGAAAUCUCAGCUUUGGUACAAAAGGAAAAUAUUUCAGAUUCUCCUCUAAAGCUUAAAGAACUUGAUGCUGUCUCUUUGGCCAAGAUUAAUGAAAGCCCUAAUGGAGUGCAGGCACGCUGUAUGUGGUCUCCAUCAGCUUCUCCCUCUACCAGUAUUUUAAAGAGAGGUGUAAAAAGACAACAAGAAGAAGAUUCACCAUCACCUGCAAACAAGAGCCGACGAGUUUCCUUUGCCAAUCCGAUCUACCAAGAAGAAGUGGCAGACGACAUUGACAGGCGAAGUCCUGUGGUUAGAACCCACUCUUCUAAUGGUUCACAGUCUUUCAGAAGUAUUAAAUCUUCACCUAACCACCAAGCCAAGCAUAUUACCACUCCAACCAAAGGAUCUCUGCCCCCAGGAUCUCGUAGCCAUAAAUAUAAGAGCUCAAAGAAGUGUUUAAUCACUGAAAUGGUGAAGGAACCACUACCAGCUCCUACAGAAAGCAUAUAUCCUGCAUUGGUGGGCUGUAAAGCACCUGUUGACACAAUUUUGCCUCAGAUUACUUCAAAUAUUUGGGCAAGGGGAUUAGGACAACUCAUUCGAGCAAAGAACAUCAGGACUGUAGGCGACUUGAGUUCUCUGACAGCAGCUGAGAUCAAAACGCUUCCCAUUCGUUCUCCCAAAGUUUCUAAUGUUAGAAGGGCUCUGAAAGGAUACCAUGACCAGCAGGUAAAAUCUCGUGGAAUUGAAGAAAUUGCUGGCCUAGAUGAUACAGAGAAACCGAUGAAUGGCAUUGAUGAGAAGCCCUUUUCCACAAAUGAAGAUAAAGUCGAAACAGACUUGAAUGAGCCAGUUGCCUCCAGCGCAGAUGAGCAAUCGACUACAAAUCUUUUUGCCCACAUCAAUAUGCUUGCUGCACAUUUUACUUCUGAAAAUCUUCUCGACUAUUCAGGGAGUGAACUCUUUGAAAUGCAAGAAAAACUAUAUAGCAUGACAAACUGUAUUAUGAAAAACCUGCAGACUCGCUGGAAGUCACCAUCCCAUGAAACCACUGUUUAAUAAUGAGUACUUUGUUCUUAGCGUAGACUUGAUUACAAGACAUUUUGUCUCUAAAACCCCAUUAUUUUUAUCUGAGCUCACCACUUAGUCUUAUGGGAUGUUUUUAAGUAAAAGAGAUCUUUGUCACUCAAGGCAGACAUGGCAUCAAUGUGUAUAUCUAAAGAAAUUUAAGUUCAGUGCAUUUGCUAUUCAAGUUUUUUUAUUGCUGCUAUGCAGAGUUUUCUGGAUAAUUUUGUUAAGAUACAGAAAAGCUGUGAAAACCAACUUGCCUAGUAUCUUCACUAUAUUUUUCAAAUGCAGGCUUUUUUAUUCCUAUGGUGUAUUGCAUUGUAGAAAACCCCCAAAUUUCACUCCUCUGAAUGAAACUUGAAGUGUUGACAGAUAUACCAAAAAGAGAGAUACAAACCUUUCAGCUAUUGGUGUUUUGGAAAGCACCGACUCUGUAGGUUCUCUUCAUAUUAAGAUGUACAGUACUAAAUUAGUGUUUCAAAACAGUAUUUCCAAACUUUUUUCUAUCAAUCUCACAGUUCUAUUUUUGCAUGCAUUUAUUAUGCAAAAAGAAAAUCUCUCUGUAUGCAAUUCUGAUGCAGUAUUCUCAGGAUCUAUUUGCAUGUCCUUCAGAAUUUUUAUAUCUAACAGAGCUAUACUUGUCUUACUCCUUGAGUCAUAAGUAGGUUGGACAUGAAUAGCUGUAUAUUAUGUAUAGAAAUACUAGUUGCAAAUGUUAUAAAUUAUGAUCUCCAUAUGAAAUGCACUGUCAAAACAUCAUUGGAUGGGAGAAAUCUUGUUUGUAUAGAACACACUAUUUGCCAUUAUAGACAACAAUGGGAUCAAUUCACCUGUUAGGAAGUAAAUAUAUGUAUAUAUGAAUAAAAUAAUGAACUGCUUUA